CAAAUACAGGGUCUUAGCUUCGUAGUACGGUUGUUUACACAAAUGAAGCGAAAGUUUUGCUUUUUUAACCUCAUAUUCCUCACAAUAUUGGGCUAUUUUAUCACCAGAUGUGAUGCUAAWCCCCCUGUGGUCAUAGUUCCUGGUGAUGGAGGAAGCCGGCUUGAAGCUCGUCUUAACAAAAAGACAGCUCCACAUGUUUGGUGUGAAAAGCAUAGCAAAGAUUUUUUUGGGAUAUGGUUAAGUAUAGAGGAACUGUUGCCAGGGGUUGUUGACUGCUGGAGUGAUAACAUGAGGCUGGUGUAUAACACAACGAGCAAACAAUUAACAAACCCUGAAGGUGUGGAGAUUCGCGUUCCAUAUUUUGGAACCACAGAAGGCAUAGAAUAUUUGGACUCAUCAAUUGACCAUCCUGGGGAGUACUUUGCGGCAUUUGUAGAAGCCCUAGUUAAAAUUGGUUAUGUUAGAGGGAAAAGUGUACGCGCAGCACCAUAUGAUUUCAGGCAUGCACCAAAUACAAACAAGGAUUAUUUAAAUARUCUGCAACACCUUAUUGAGCAGACUGCCAUGCAAAACAAUGGUGAUCGUGUGGUUCUGAUCUCACAUAGUCUUGGAUGCCCAUAUACCAAGUACUUCCUGGACCACAUUGGCCAGACAUGGAAGGACAAAUAUCUUCAUUCCUGGAUAACUAUUGCUGGAGCUUGGGGUGGGGCUGCCAAACUUUUCCGUGUUAUUUCAUCUGGAACAGAUCUUGGUGUUCCGAAAUAUGUGUUAAAACCAAUAAARCUGAGAGCUUCAACCCGAACGUAUGGAUCAUCGGCUUUUCUUUUACCAAGUGAGAAGUUUUGGAAAGUYGAUGAGCCUGUAGUCCAUACCCCAUCAAAGAACUACUCCCUUUCAAACCUGGACCAGUUUUACAAAGACCUGCAGUUUGAAGUUGGCCAAGACAUAAGGAAUCUUGUCCCACCAGUUUGGUCCGACCACCCACCAAAUAUAACCCUACACUGUCUCUAUGGAACCAAAGUGCCAACUCCCGAAAGAUUCUAUUUUGGACCUGGUGAAUUUCCUGAUACGUUUCCUAAAACCAUUAUGGGGGAUGGUGACGGGACCGUCAACAGGCAAAGCCUGGAAGGAUGUAAGCAGUACAUUASGACUCAGUACCAGAAAGUGACCGUUCAGGAGUUCCCUGCGGCAGAGCAUAUGAGAAUAAUCGGAGAUAAGCGGUUGAUUGAUUAUGUUGUUAAGUUAUUGGAAAGUAUUGACUGAUAUUUGUAUAAGAAGAUUUUUUAUGAUUUGAAGAAAUUUUAAGAGAAAUUUAAUCACGAGAUUUUUAUAAUUAAAGACAUCUUUUACAAGCAACAAUUGUAGUGUGAUGCACUUUGAUAUACUUCUUUGCUGAUGUCCCAGGGGGAUAUUUUUGUGCAAAAAAAGGCCGGGAUGAUUGUUGAAAGAUAUGACAAUUCCCUGGACUUUUUGAUCACAGCAAAAUUUUAAAAA